CUCUCUCAUCAAGUUUCUGAACAAAGAGCCCAUCCUCUUUGUGAUGUCAGUAUGCACACCCCUCCCUUUUGAAAACCUCAGCCUGUUGCCUCAACUGUUCCACUUCUUGUAUUCUAAGUCCCAACAACAGAAUCUACUCACAUGGCUUGGACUACAAGGGAGAGAAGAAAAAUGCACUGACAGCUCUUUUAACUGGACUGAGGAAGAAAGUUUGUCACCUGUUGUACUAUGAAGUGAAAAAAGCAGAAAUUAAGAGGUCUGCAGUUCUUCUGGAAUUAUCAAAGCCACAAAGAUGGAGAGAUCUUAGUCAAGAUGACACUUCUAGCAGGGGAAAAUUCAGAUUAUGAUUGCAGUGCCGUCAGCUGUGCUUCGGAUAAUUCAUUCAACCAGCCAUUUUUUGCAGAAACAGAAACACUUAAAGGAGUAUUUUACCAAAGAGCUCACAUCCUUCAUUCAUCAGAGGAACUCUAUGAGAGUGCUUGCCCAGAUGAUAGAAGACAUCAUGUAAUUAUAAAUGUAGGGGGCAUCAAAUUCUUGCUCCCAUGGACAACUCUAGAUGACUUUCCAUUAAGUAGAUUAGGACAGCUGAAGUUCUGCAACAAUUAUGAUGACAUUUUGAGCAUUUGUGAUGACUAUGAUGUAACCUGCAAUGAAUUUUUCUUUGACCGCAAUCCAGGAGCCUUCAGGACCAUUCUUACUUUUCUACGAGUAGGAAAAUUAAGACUUUUGCGGGAAAUGUGUGCCCUUUCCUUUCAGGAAGAGUUACUAUACUGGGGCAUUGAAGAAGACAGCCUUGACUGGUGUUGCAAACGACGGUAUCUUCAAAAAAUUGAAGAAUUUGAGGAAAUGAACAAACAAGAAGAAGAGCUAAUGGACAAUGACAGGCUAAGUGAUGCCUCAGAAGAAACGCAACUUAGUCAUUGCAUGAAGCACCUCCGAGAUAUGGUAGAAAAUCCCCAGUCUGGACUGCCAGGAAAAAUUUUUGCAUGUCUUUCUGUAAUAUUUGUGACAGUUACUGCAAUUAAUCUGUUUAUCAGUACCAUGCCUGAACUGCGUGAGGAAGAGGACAAUGAAGAGUGCUCUCGGAUGUGCUACAAUAUUUUUGUAGUGGAAAGUGUAUGUGUGGCUUGGUUUUCACUGGAAUUCCUAUUAAGAUUCAUCCAGGCCCGCAGCAAAUUUGCUUUUUUGAGGACGCCAUUGAACCUCAUCGAUAUUAUUGCUAUUCUACCAUAUUAUAUUACCUUGGUGGUAGACACAACUACAGUGGGUUACAAGAAACCUGGUUCUGGCAGCAGUUAUCUGGACAAAGUGGGACUAGUACUCCGUAUUCUACGUGCCUUGAGAAUUCUAUAUGUCAUGCGUCUUGCAAGGCACUCAUUGGGCUUGCAGACACUUGGACUUACUGCUCGAAGAUGCACACGAGAAUUUGGACUAUUGUUGUUGUUCCUUUGUGUGGCAAUUGCACUUUAUGCGCCAUUACUUUAUCUAAUCGAAAAUGAGAUGGCUGGCUCUCAGGAAUUUACAAGCAUACCAGCAAGUUAUUGGUGGGCUGUAAUCACUAUGACAACUGUGGGUUAUGGAGACAUGGUUCCUAGGAGCAUUCCUGGGCAAGUUGUUGCACUCAGCAGUAUCUUAAGUGGAAUUCUUCUCAUGGCAUUUCCUGUAACAUCAAUUUUCCACACCUUCUCGAGAUCGUAUAUUGAAUUAAAGCAAGAACAGCAAAAGACUGUGCGAAACAGAACACAUUUCCUGAUCAAGACCAACUCACAGAUGAGCAACAUUUCACAGGGUAGUGACAUUCUGUUCACAAGCAUCUCUUCUGAAACAAAACAAAAUGAUUAAAAAGUAUUAUGCUUAAUGCUGUUUACUAUACUAUGUUUAAAUCACUAUUUGUUUCAGAAAAAGAACAUAUUUUAAACAAUUUCUUUCUAAAAAAAACUAUAAGGAAAUAUGCAAAAUGCUGCCUCAUCUAUAUUAUUUAUCUGACAUAUGAAUUUGUUUGUCCUAACAUCAGCAAUCUUGAGCACUUUUGCAGACAAGCCAUUGCAAGUACAACUAUUCCAGUCUAAAAGAAGAGAAGCAGACAUCAGCAAGCAACCUCACAAAAUAAAGUGGCUGAAAUUAUUAGCAACAAAUUUCAACACAUUUACCAACCCUCUUCUUAUGAAUUUACAUCAUGCAAAAUACUUUCAGUAGAUUACAGAGAUAUAAACAAACCCAAACUCCAGGCUUCAGUGACGUUGCCACUUACUGUAAAAAUAAUGCCCCUGUCUGUAAUAAAGUUUCUGAAAGUUCGAGCUACCAAA